AGAGAGAGAGAGAAAAGCCGGAAAAGGGUGGAAUGGUUACAGUAACCGUGCUUUCUGUUCACUUGCUGUGUCACUCCCGUGCCUCCCCACUAUAUCAUCCCCUCCCACCACCACCACCACCACCGCGGCGCCACCCAUCACUUUCUCUCUCUAAACCUCACAGUCUUGAAAAAGUUCUCGAGAUGGGCAUCUUAAUUAAAAGAGGAACACCAGUGGACCUCUUUCUCUUGAUAGCUUAAAACAAAACAAAAAGCUCCCCUUUUGUGUUCCAUAUUUAAAAAAAUUUCUCGAAUUUUUUUUCUUUCUAAAGUUGUUUUUAGCUCUCCCCUCUCCACAUUCACGCACCCUUUUGCUUCACAAGAGGAAAGAUCGAAUCUUUUUUCUCAUCAUCUCUGCGAGGAAAUCGAGAAAUCCCCAUACCAACUUCAAUGAGUGAGAGAGGCGGAGGGUGAGCCUCUCUCUGCCAUUCGUUCAUGCAAAAAAAUAAAAAAAUAAAUCCCAUUUCUUGUUUUUGAUUGAAGAAGAAGAAGAAAAGGGAAAGAUUUAGUUUUUUGUUCUUUUAAAGAAAAAUUAAAAGGAGAAAUUUGGGUAUGGCUAUGGCUAUGCACAGAGAAUCAUCAAACAGUGGAGGAAGUGGAAGCAGCGGCAAACAACAGCAGAUUCAGAUGGACAGCGGCAAGUAUGUAAGGUACAGUCCGGAGCAAGUGGAGGCACUGGAGAGAGUUUAUGCUGAGUGCCCAAAACCCAGCUCUCUCAGGAGGCAGCAGCUCAUUAGGGAGUGCCCCAUUCUGGCUAACAUUGAGCCUAAACAGAUCAAAGUCUGGUUUCAAAACAGAAGGUGCCGUGAGAAGCAACGAAAGGAAGCUUCUCGUCUACAGACAGUGAAUAGGAAGCUGAAUGCUAUGAACAAGCUCUUGAUGGAAGAGAACGACCGUUUGCAGAAGCAAGUCUCACAUCUGGUCUAUGAGAAUGGGUGCAUGCGACAGCAAUUGACUACUGUUAACACCACGACCACAGAUACGAGCUGUGAAUCUGUGGUCGUGAGUGCUCAACAGCAGCAACAUCCAAACCCAAUGUCGCAGCACCCACAAAGGGAUGCCAAUAACCCAGCUGGCCUUCUUGCAAUAGCUGAGGAGACCUUGGCAGAGUUCCUUGGAAAGGCCACAGGAACGGCUGUCGAUUGGGUACAGAUGAUUGGUAUGAAGCCUGGUCCGGAUUCCAUUGGUAUCGUCGCUGUUUCCCGCAACUGUAGUGGGGUAGCAGGACGAGCCUGCGGUCUUGUGAGCCUUGAGCCCACAAAGGUCGCUGAAAUUCUAAAAGAUCGCCCUUCUUGGUAUCGUGAUUGUCGUUGUCUUAAUGUGCUUAGUGUGCUCCCCACCGGGAAUGGAGGGACGAUAGAGCUUGUGUACAUGCAAACAUAUGCACCUACAACGUUGGCAUCGGCUCGCGACUUUUGGACGCUCAGAUAUACUACAAACUUGGAAGAUGGUAGUCUUGUGAUAUGUGAGAGAUCCUUGACUUCUAAAACUGGUGGCCCAUCAGGACCUCCGGCUACAAGUUUCGUGAGGGCAGAAAUGCUGCCGAGUGGCUAUCUUAUAAGGCCUUGUGAGGGAGGUGGCUCCAUGAUCCAUAUCGUGGAUCACAUUGACCUUGACGUUCGGAGCAUCCCCGAAGUGCUGAGACCACUCUAUGAAUCAUCCAAGAUUCUUGUGCAGAAGAUGACAAUGGCUGCCUUACGCCACAUACGGCAAAUAGCACAGGAAACCAGUGGGGAAAUCCAGUACAGUGGGGGCCGACAGCCCUCGGUUCUGAGGUCUCUGAGUCAGAGGCUAUGCAGGGGAUUCAAUGAUGCUGUUAACGGCUUUGUUGAUGAUGGAUGGACUGUUAUAGGCAAUGAUGGCAUAGAGGACGUGACCAUUGCCAUAAACUCGUCUCCAACCAAAUUCUUUGGCUCUCACAACAACAACAACUUGUCUAUGCUCCCCACUUUUGGUGGAGUCCUUUGUGCAAGGGCCUCAAUGCUGCUUCAGAAUGUUCCCCCUGCUUUACUAGUUCGUUUCCUGAGAGAGCAUCGAUCUGAAUGGGCUGACUAUGGGGUUGACACAUACACCGCGGCUUCUCUUAAAGCUAGUCCUUAUGCUGUACCUCUUGCAAGGCCAGGUGGUUUCCCCAGUAGCCAUGUCAUUUUACCUCUUGCCCAGACUGUGGAACACGAGGAGUUCUUGGAGGUGGUCCGUUUGGAGGGCCCCGCUUUUUCUCCCGAUGACAUUGCUUUAUCACGGGACAUGUACUUGUUACAGUUGUGCAGUGGGGUUGAUGAGAAUGCUGGUGGAGGCUGUGCCCAGCUUGUUUUUGCACCAAUUGACGAAUCUUUCGGCGACGAUGCCCCUCUACUGCCUUCUGGUUUUCGCGUCAUACCACUCGAGCCAAAAUCAGACGUGCCUGGAACGGCUAGGACCUUGGAUUUGGCUUCUACACUUGAGGUGGGAAAAGGUGGUGGGACUCGUCAGGCUGGUGGGAGUGAAGUUGUUGAACCUAGCAGUUAUAGCCACCGUUCCGUUCUGACAAUUGCAUUCCAGUUCAGUUUUGAGAACCAUUAUCGCGACAACGUGGCUGCUAUGGCCCGCCAGUACGUGCGGAGCAUUGUGGGUUCUGUCCAGAGAGUUGCAAUGGCCAUCGCGCCGUCUCAAAUUAGUCCUCAUUUGGCUCCAAAGACCAUCCCUGGCUCACCAGAAGCUAUCACUCUGUCCCGAUGGAUCUGUAGGAGCUACAGGAUGCACACAGGGAGCGAUCUUCUGCAUCUCGAGUCACAAGCGGGCGAUGCGGUUUUGAAGCAACUCUGGCACCACUCUGAGGCAAUCAUGUGCUGCUCUGUCAAAAUGAAUGCAUCUGCUGUGUUCACAUUCGCAAACCAAGCCGGGCUUGACCUGCUAGAAACCACUCUUUUAGCCCUCCAAGACGUAAUGCUUGACAAGAUUCUUGAUGAAGCUGGCCGCAAAGUUCUUGUCUCCGAAUUCUCAAAGAUCAUGCAGCAGGGAUUUGCGUACCUACCGCCGGGGAUAUGUGUAUCGAGCAUGGGGAGGCCGGUGUCAUAUGAACAAGGGAUUGCGUGGAAAGUUCUGAACGACGAAGAUGCCAACCACUGCCUGGCCUUCAUGUUCAUCAACUGGUCUUUUGUUUAGGUCAAAAACUAGACUCUCUCUCUCUCUCUGGGCUUUAAUGGCUACUAUGGAUAUAGAGAGAGAGAGGGAGAGCUAUUAUAAUUAGUUAGUAUUAUUGUGAUUUAGCUUUGUAUGACAUGAUGAAGGUCUAUAAUGGAUGGAUUUGGUAGUAGACUGUUUUAUGUAUAAAACAUGAGUAUUUUG